AUGCGAUCCGAAUCGGCAUGUGGAUGUGGGCUAGUGUUGGGAUUGAUAGCACUUCUGGUCACUGCGACGCGUCACAUGACUGCCAAAAUCGCUGGCCAUGUGAACGAGGCGGUGCGGUCAACUUUGUUCUAUGCUAUCCAUGUGGAGGCUAUAUUGGCCCUGGUCUGCCUGCUUGGCUUGAUGUGGGGUGAUGGAGGCGUCGUCCAACGAUCGCGAAGGACAUGCUUUCCUGUUCCGCCGGCGGUACUGGCAGCCUUGCAGGCCGGAAGCUCUUUGGACCACUUCCAGAACAUUAUUGAAGGAGACAGCAGCUACUGUGUGAGAUGCUGCGUGUGGCGGCGAACGUCAGAGGGCAAGCCAACGAGCUCCUGCAGACGUGUUUUCCUUCGCGAUAACGGCUCAGAGUACAACUUUCACCACUGUUCCGUCUGUCAACGUUGCGUAUCUAACUUUGAUCAUCAUUGCGGCGUAUUUGGACGUUGCAUUGCUGGAGUAGGACUGACAGGAAACAUGGGCUUCUUCAUUGGCAUUAUUCUACUUGGCUUGGCAGGGGGCUUGACCUGCUUUGCCAGUGUAUUUCUCGGUCUCAUCUACCAGGAGGAUGGCUUUCUGCUGUCAGUCAUAAUGCUGGCUUAUUUCACGCCGAUGAUCCUUGACGCUGCAUACGUGGACCAAGGUAGCAUGCUGUGGCCAGAGCUGCUUGACGAGACAUGCGCGAGGAGGGCACGGGAUUUGCCGCACGCAUUGCCCAAGCCACAGAGGCUAGAACGUCUUGCUAUAGGACGGGUCACCUUUGAGGAUCUGGUUUGCCCAGUGCCGCAAGUCCGUGUUGAGCAGAUGAAGGACGAGGUCCUGCAGCUUCGAGAAGAGCGUGAUGUGCCGUGCAAGAAGUAUCUGUGGAGCUCUUGCAAAAUCGGAACGUUCUUUGAAAGAUUUCGCUACAAGAAAGCGUUUCGCCACGCCAUGGAAUACGGAAAGAAUUUUCGGAGUGGCACGUCCUCUAGUGCGGAAAACACGCGCUUGAUGCAGGCCCAUGAGGGUGUCACCGGCGAGGCGGCAUCACUCCGACAAGAGCUCAAGGCUGUUCUGGAGGAGCGAGCUCUCCUUCGCUCUUCAAUAGAUGCGUUGAAGGCUGGCAAUGCCCAGCUUCAACACUCCGUGCGAGGCUUAGAAACAUCACUGGCCACAGUUCGGGGAGACCUCGAACAACGAAUCAACAAACAUGGUGCAAUGGAGGAGCACAUUGCUAGUCUUCGCAAGCAGCUGGAGUCGGUGCUUGCAGAAAAGGUCAAGGCCGAGGGACUCAUCAGUAGCCAGCACGUUGAGAUCCUCAGCUUGCACAAGCUUCGUGAUGAAUUCCUUGCAGAGAAGGCUAAUGGCCAAGCCCUGGUCCAGAAGUUGGAGGCAAGCGAGGCUGAGCUUUCUCGCUCCAAGAAGGAUAAAGCUGCGCUUGACCAACUAGUCAGCUCGCUGCAUGUGGACUGUGCGCAGAUGCGGACACAACGAGAUUCUGCAUUGGCGGAGGUGCCACACUUGAAGUCGUCGAUUCAGCAGCAGGAUGUCCUGAUGAAAGACUUGGAAAGCCAGGUGACCGCCCUCCAGCAGCAGUUGCAGAGCAGCAAGGAUACCAGUGGAAGGGUGGAUCAGCAAGCUAAGCAUCUUGUAUUCGCUCUGGAAAGAUCGCGGGAAGAUGGAGCUCGUCACGAGCAGGCAGCGCUUGCCCUUCGUGUAGAACGAACGCGAUUGCUCGAGGCCUUGGAAAGACUGCGUCGUGGUAAGGCACAGCAGCGUGAAAUCCAAAUAAGUCAGGAAGACGGGUCUGGCUCAGGCUAG